AUGGCCCUAAAGGUGCAAAACAUCUUGCUCCUCUUCCUUUACGUCCUGUCUUUCCUCACUGGCCUCCCUGCCAACCUCUUGGCCCUGCGUGCCUUCAUGGAGCGGGUCCGCCAGCCCCAGCCUGCACCCGUGCACAUCCUCCUGCUCAGCCUGACCCUGGCGGACCUGCUGCUGCUGCUGCUGCUGCUGCCCUUCAGGAUCAUCGAGGUCAUCUAUGACUUCUUGUGGCCCCUUGUCAUAGCUCUCACGGGCUUUGGCUUCUACAGUAGCAUUUACUGCGGCACGUGGCUGCUGGCUGGGAUCAGCUUCGAGCUCUACCGCAGUGUGGCCUUCCCCGUGCAGUACAAGCUCUCCCGUAGGCCCCUGUAUGGGGUGAUCGCUGCCCUGGUGGCCUGGACCAUGUCCUUUGGUCACUGCACCAUCGUGAUCAUUGUCCAGUAUUUUCCAACCAACAACAAGGGGACUGGUGAGGGUCCCCUUGUCUGCUAUGAGAACUUCACCAAAGAGCAGCUAGACAUGGUGCUGCCCAUGUGGCUGGAGCUGUGCCUGGUCCUCUUCUUCAUCCCCAUGGUGGUCACCAUCUUCUGCUGUUGGUGCUUUGUGCGGAUCAUGCUCACCCAGCCCCACGUGGGGACCCAGAAGUGCUGGAGGGCCGUGGGGCUGGCCGCUGUGACCCUCUUCAAUUUCCUGGUGUGCUUUGGGCCCUACAGUGUGUCUCACAUCGUGGGUUUCUUCCAAAAGAGCAGUGAAACUUGGCAGUUUGCCCAGUUGCUCAGUUCUCUGAAUGCUUGCAUCGACCCCUUGAUCUUCUAUUUCUCCUCCUCGGCCGUGCGCAAAGACUUUCACAGAGGGCUACAGAGGCUGCAGAACUGGGGGCACUCACUGUUGGGGGCCAGAGAGCCAGAAACAGACAAAGAAAAUGGUAGUGUAGGCACGGCCAAUUCCAGCUUCAGAGAAGAGUAG